UCUUCUGACGGCAUUCUGGGAGAGAGAACUCUCACCUGCGCCUGCAAAAUCCGUUAAAAAGCUCCACAGCCGGCGCUCAAAUCUCGUUUCUCUCGCUCACCUGAGCGCACCUUUCGCAAAGCCGCAGCGCGUCUUAACUUGUCUUGGAGGUGCACUUUCGAGAUCGGGGUCCGCAGAAGCCGCACGAUCAGUCGCGAGCGAAUCGAGUUGGAGUGCAAACGUCUCAAGCGGAAUCUCAAGUUGUAGCGCUAAUCGCAGCGAACGGAGUGUAUCUGUGUAUCGCUGAAAUACAAAGUUGAACCAAGCUGGAAUUUGCCACCAGUCGAAAUAUAUCUCGAAUCGAAUACCCGCAAUUUGCAUAAGGCGCAACUAAAGACGCGCUCUGUCAGUUAACCCACUUUCUAAACGACCAAACCAAACCAAACCAAAAAAAGAAGAAUAAUACUGCGACCGAUAUUCAGCAACAACGAAACCAAUUAACAAGCAAAUAAUGCCGAGCAAAUAACAUCAAAUAACGUGCAAGUGAUUCAUGCCUUUUUUUCUUGCAAGUGAAGUGCUUAGGUAAACCGAAACAUAGUAAAACAAAAAAAAACAAAAGUUGACUGGAAAACGCACUGGAAACGAUAACGAUACCUGGAACGCCCCCAACCCACGACUGUCAGUCAGUUGAAACCGCAACUGCAGCAGCAUUAUCUACUCGGCCAGCAACAACAACAGCAACAAGUACGGAUUGCAAACAGCCCGGAUUGUAAAUACCAACAAUAUAAACUGAGGAAGACCACGCGACAGGUGAAAAAGUUCAAGCAGAAUAUGGCCUAAGGUUGAUCGUCGGAGGGAGCAACAAGCAACGAAAAGCCUCAGCGAUGUCGUCCUCGAUCUGUUCGCACUUCACCCAGAAUGCCUGGAAGAAGGACCUGUGCUCCAACUGCUUCAAGUCCAAGGACGAGCACAAGGCAGCCGCCGCAGCAGCCGCCUCCAAACUGGGCGGCAGCCAUAAACCAGACAGAGAAGUUAAAACGGAUUACCCGAACAAGCACAAAACCCCGGCCAAGAGCAUCAUUAAGAAGGCUUUUGGCGUAAGACUGACCAGCUCCAGCUCGAGUUCCAGCUCAGGGAGCAGCUCUGGAAAAUCCGUGAACUCAAAGGGCGGCAAGGUGUGCUUUCCCAAGCAGCUGCACGAGGUCAUUGGCUAUGGCGGCGAGUGGUCGGAGGACGAUGACGACGACGAUCACGACUUUAUGAAUCUUGGCAAUGAGCACGAUGACAUGGCCAUUACCGAAACGGAUGACGAGGAGACGGUGGAGCUGAAGAGGAUCACCCGGGCCAACACCGACUUUAAUAUGAACAAUGGCAAUCUUCUGGGCGAUGCCGAGGAUAAUAUCAAGAAAUCCUUCGCCGCUCUAAAAUUAGGAGCCCCUCAGGUGGACAAGGAGGGAAAGAAACAGACCCUAACGAUUAAUGUGAUGCCUUUUGGCCAGCCCCUUGGCAAAACGGCCACGACUGCAGCCAAAACUGCACCCACGGAAAGCAAAAGCACCGCAGCAACAUCAGUUGCCACAUCGGCUGGGGCAACACCAGCAAAAGCCAAGCCAGCAACCAUAACCACAACAACAACAGCCAUCAAAAGCAGCAGUACAUCUACGGGAACUGCCAGUGUUACCAAAAAGGUGACCACCACUCUGACGCCGACGUUAACCAUGGCCAAAAGCACAACGGCAGCUGUCACAUCUUCCACGGCAACAUCUUCGCGAGAUGGCAAAGAUAGUCCGCCCAUAGAGCGAGCCAUGGAGAAGUCACUGCUGGACGAGAUCUCGGAGACCUUGGAACAAAAACAGAAGCUAAGUGAGACCAGUGCGACCGAAACAUCUUCGGGCGGAAGCAGCACUUCCACUUCCACCAGCAGCAGCAAGAUCAAAUUCGAGCUGAGUGCAUUGAGUGACUCCCCGAAGCCAUUUCUUGACCUUAAGAAGCCCAUCGCACGGAAUGCGCCCAUCACCAGGGACCAGACCAAACCCAAGGUGAAUGUGUGCCACAAAUACUCGGAUACGGACAGCAAUUGCUCGGACACGGAAAAUGGAGUGUCCGCCUACUACGAUGUGGUGGAGACGCAGCUGAGCUACGAGAAUCUCCCGGACGGCAAGUACUCCGAACAGGUGGGCGUGGCCACUGCCGCCCAGACCGAGAGUUCCGGUAAUUCCCACUACUCCAGUUCGCAGUACAUCACGGACAUGCUGCUGAGCUCAAAAACUCGGGCGGCCAGUUACAAUCUGCACGAGGGCAACUUCAUGACCAGCAAGAUCACCUCCGACGGUCUCAUUGUGACCAAGUGCAGCUCGGAUGACGCCCUGGACUCCACGGGCAGCAGUUUUGAUGGCAGCUCGGAUGAGGAGAAUGCCUACAACAUGAUCCGCAGUGAAUCGGAUUCGGGAAUCGGCAUUAGUCUGGGCAGCGAAUACAAGAACUUGGGAAUGGCCAAGGGAUCGGUGGUUAAUGGAGAGAAGCGGCAGCUUUUGGUGGAGAAGAAGCUAAGUGCUAGUACCAAUAACUCUGAUUACGAGGAUAUACAGAUAGGAGAUCAGGCGGUGGCCAAGCCGGCCGUUAAAAGCAGGGAGCUACAUGGCGAGCCCGAUGGCAGCGCCGAUCCAGACAACAGCCUGGAGCAGCAGCAAAAGCAGUCGCAACAAAAGGAGGCGGAGCAGCAGCUUCCUGCCUUGCCAAAGUCACCGCCGCCGCCCAUGAAGAUCGAUGCCAGGCCGUCGUUCCUGCACGGCUUGAAGAAGCCAGAACUGCCGGUGAAACCACUUGUUAAUAAUCAUCCCAGCAGCAACAGUUCCAGCAAUAACAGCCAACUAAAAAGUUUCCUGGGCAAGCGGCAACCCAGCUGCGCCGAACAGCAAUUCAUCAACCAGCUGCAGUCGGCCAUUUCCAAGUCCAGCGAGAGUCUGAUGUUGGCCAAAGAGAAUCUAGCCGCUGACGAGGCCAAGCUGAAAAAGGGCAAAGCCCCGAAUCCGCCGCCAGAGCCAAAGCUAAGCGCUCCGCCCACGCCGGAGCGAGAUUACAGUCUGGUAGUUGAGUUCGAGCAGGCGACGAAAGCGGCAGCAAAUCCAGCGGAAAAGGCCACGUCAUCGGGCCCAGGUGAGGCAUCAUCGUUGGAGAAAGAAUCAACUGUAGCAGGUGUUGCCGCGCUACCCACAGGAGCAGCACCAGUUGCCGCUGCAUCUGCAACUGCAUCAAACAACAGCAAUCUGUACACCAGAAAGCCCGCUUUUCCGGUGACGGCAGCAGCGCCUGUCAUCCGCGAGAAGGACAAACGCGAACGGGCCGUGAUUAACCCCAAGUUCCGGAGCCUCAACACAUUCGUCAUGCAGCGGGCCAAUGCGGCCAAGCAAAUGCAACUGCAAUCGGCCAGCUCGGUUCUGAGCCUGAAGCAACCGAUGACGCCAGAGCCAACGCCCCGGAAUCAACGUCACCUCUCCAUGUCGGAGGAAUGUCUGGCCGCAGCUGGCUUGGACAAGAAAUCCCCCUCGGCCUCGCCGCCCCAAAAACAAAAGUCCAAGUUCUCCAUCAAAAAGUUUCUACGCAUGGGCAGCAAUGGAGGCGGCACAAAGUCUGGUGAAUCCAUGGGCAAAAAGGAGGCCAGCAUCUACACGGAGAUUUGCACAGGCACGGAGGAGGGAAGUCCCUCGGGUAAGCCCCGCCUGGUGAUAAUUCAUCCCAUCGACAUUAAUCCCACGGCCGUGGAGGUGGUGAAGGAUAUCACCAAGACCAGUGACUCCGUUUCGGCCCAGACGGUAGCCGUGGUCACUGCCAAACCGCCUGCCCCGCCCCUUCGAUCGAGCGCCAGUGAGGGGCAGCGCGUCCACGAGGCCAACAAGCCGGCACGCCCACCGCCGCCAAAGAGCGCCGAACUCCGGCGGAAACAGAAGACCGAGCUGACCGCCACGCUCAGCGCCAACAGCGUGGACUCCAAUGUCCUGGCAUUGCCAUCCGGCAGCGGAUCCGUCAAGCUGAAGGCCGACAACGUAUACGCCAAUUUAGGCGAGAUCCGCUCCUCAAUCGCUCCACGCAAACCGGAGCGCACAGCCAGCAUGCGGGAGCGGGAGGCCCAGUUGGAACUGGUGCGCAAGCGCGGAGUCCUUACCGACACUAUCUCCAUUUGCUCGUCAAACGGUGACAAUGUAGCCACGGAUCAGGGAAAGGCAGUGGCCAAGACCAGUGCCAUCCCCAAUGGCCAGGAAGCGGGAAAAUCUGCAUCGACUGCCAACAGUAGGACCAGCACCUUUGAACGUCAGCCACAAAAGAAGAGCGAGCCGAAAAUGUCGAUUUCCAGUAAGCUGGAGAUCUUCGAACAGCGAUCUAUAGAUGCUGCGGAUGCUGCCCAGCGGAGCAGCCUCAAGGAUUCAGUGCGCAAGAUCAACAGCACCAUCGAUAGCUAUCUGAAAGACAAGCGCGACUACGAGAACUUAUACGAGUUCGUGAAGAUGGGUUCUCCGCCGCCGCCCACUGCUGGUGGCAACACCACGCCCACGCCCUCCACUUCCACGCCUCCACCGCCACCAACACGCAGUAACAUCGAUCUGUCCGUGGCGGGUCAGAGGUUGACACAGGCCACAAGACGCAACAACAUCUACUCGGAUACGGCCUCUAUCGCCAGCUAUACGCGCAGCGAGUACGGACCGGUGCGAAACUACGGAUUGAACAACAGCUUGGCCAACAUUCCACGCAUCAUUUCCGCCUCGUAUGCGGGUAGUGAGGUGGGCGAAUUCGAUAUUUAUGCUCCAUACAGCUAUUACGGAAGCGAGGCCGGCGGCGAUGUGGCCACGGACAUCAACGACAGCGUCUGGGGCAUGCCACAGGCCAAUAAAAACCGCAGCAAGGCCACGAAUCGUUUGCGCAUGCGCAAGGGACGCAGUGUCGUGCACAAGACCAUAGAGGACAACUACACCGCCGUGGUGGUGGCCAAUCACGAGGCCCUCGCCCAGGUCCUCGAUCAGCUCCAGCAAACUCCAGUGGUGCCGGCAGCCCUGCGUCCUCUGGCGAAUGCCAUAAACUUGCGUUACGAGGAUUUCACAAUUUUGGAGGGAGCCCAGGCCUUUGUGGUGGGCAAGAAGGCCUUCCAUGCGGCCCUGUGGAGCUCAUCGCCGGUGACCUUGGCCCUGUCGGCUGACUGCAACCAGCUGGCCGGUGUGGGUGGCGAACUGAGCCAGUUGACCGGCGGCGUGAGCGAUGUGCUCAACCCGGUGACCGAAUUCUGUGACCUGGUGCCAAGCUACCAACUGCCGCUGAUGCCCUCGACGGAGGUGACCCUGCUGCAGGCCACCAUCUCAGUGCUACCGAGAUUGCAGCUGGAGACUCUUCAAUCGAUUGGAUCAAUACUCAAGGGCAAGUCGCAGGUGCUGGACAAGAGCAACUUCAACUUCCGCGGCUCCAUUCCGAAUCUCAGUGGACUGAAGGAUGGAAAUGGUACCAUGGCCGGGAAUCUGAGGAACGUGGUCUCAGUGCAGAAUCUGAGUACCCUCAACGAGGAAUCCUCGGCCACAUCGAUGGGGGCAGAGGAUGGAUUGGCGAAUGCAAAUGCCAUGCCUGCAUUCGAUGAUGUGAUGACGCGGGAGGUGGCAUUCAUCAUGCUGCAGCUGGUCAACGGGAUGAAGAACCUGCAGGCCAAGGCGAUCGAGGAGACGCCUCUCAGUCUGUCCAAUGUGGUGCUGUCCAAGGACAUGGACAACAAGGACGCCCAGGCGCGACUUUGCGUGCUGCAAGGAAACAACAACGACGACGACGAGCCCAUGGGUACCCUGUGCAAGUGCGCCCACUCUGCUUUGACCGAUAUGCUGCCCGCCACAAAGAUCACUCCCAUCCUGGCAGACAUCCUGCAGCAGGAGCGAGCCGAGUCCCUAUCCAAGGCAAAGGCCGUGCUGGAGUUUGUGCUGUGGGGUCCCUCGGAUGUGGCGCUUUCGGGUUCGAUCAAGGAACGGGAACUGGCCCUUCAGAGGUGGUUAGAUCUGGAACGGGCCACAGUGCUUCAUGGCUUGGUGCGAACCCGGGUCGAACUGACCGUUUACGACGAGUGUCAUCUUAUGUUCCUCGUCCGCUCCACGGCCAAGAUGAUGAACGACGCGGCCAAGAUCGUGUGCAGCUACCAGCAGGCGAAUGGAUCUGCCAGCCAGGAUUAGUUCCAAUUAAUCUGCUCUCUGCUAAAGGCAUUAUCUUAUAAAUACUAUACGAAACUGUCAUAGACACUUAGUCCUUAGAGUCAACGAAUGAUAUUUUCCGAAUCGCCCCAUAUACACAUACUAUACAUAUAACUUUAUCUUUGCCCAGCGUGCCAAAUUGUUUCGCGCGGAAAUUGUCAUGUAAAAUAUGCUUAUCGUAUGCAAACUUAAAAGAUUUGUGCAACUUUAAUUAAUUCGUAAUCUACAAUUAAGUCAUUAAUCUAAACGAAUAUUUAUACUUCCCUAUACGAGUACGAAAAUUGGUAUAGUUCAUAUGAUUUAAACUAUUAUCUAUGAAUAUGCCAACAAUUUGAUUAGCAAAACAAAACUUUUUGGUGUUUGAACAAAUACAUAAAUAUGGUAAACAUAAAUAAAAUACUGUCUAAAUAAAUAAAUGGA